AGCGGAGGAAGAGGAGGAGGAGGUGGAUCUCUGUGUGUGUGUGGUGGUGGGAGAUGAGCAGCUCACACUCAACUUUGUUUUGGUCUCUUCUCUGAUUGGGAGCAGGCAGGGACGCAGUGGAAUAAGUUAACUCUUCCUGGAAGUUUCUCCAAAGGAUAAAAAGUGACACACACCAUGCAAAAGAAUGACCGGUCCAUGGACGACAGCCAGCGGGAAAGUGUGUCAGACGAUUCCUGCGACUCUCCAGAGCCGGGCCUGAUCACCUGCAUGGAGCCCUUCCUGGUGCGGAGGCUGUCUUGCCGGACAAUCCAGUUGCCGCCUCUGGCCUUCAGACAGGCAGAGCAGUACUACUCCAAGCUGGAGCCAGACACAGUCCCACCACGGCCCACCACACUGCCACUACGCAACCCGCCACUCAUCGCCAUCACCUCAGCCGACGCCAGCAGGUAG